AUGCUGCACUUUCCCCCAAAUAUAACACUCAUACCAGCCGUCACAACAAAGUUGAACAGCUUACCCCAAGAACAGAAUCCUAUAUUAUACCGCCUCCCUUCUGGUGUUCAAGGAGACCGCUCCGCACACGCUACAGUACUGCAGCUUGUCAAAGAAAACAAAAAUGAUCCCUUGGCACUCAGCCAGGUAUUAGAAUCGAAUGCCCGUGUAAUCACGUGGUCAGAUGGAUCGAAAACCUUGUCGAUCGGUGCCCAGCAAUUCUUGAUGAUCGCCGACACUGUUGCGUCAAGACAUUUUAUCUUACGAAAAGGAACCGACGUCCACACCUGUGAAUCACGUGUCAAGAAUGUCAUGCGUGUUCAGCCGAGCUCCACCUCCGACGCUACAGCGAAAGUAGCUAUGGCUAGAGCAGCCAUGAGAGCAGCGAGUAAACGUCCAGAAGGGCGAACAAUGCUCCGAUGUAUGGACGAUACCGGUGAGCAACAAGAAGCACAGGCCAAGGUGGAAAACAAUAGACGACAGCGGGAGCGUGCCAAAAUAGAAGCAAAACGGAGACAAGCUCGCGAGAGGCACAUGCGACCGAGACGGCCUUUGACAGUAGCCAGCUUGGAAAGAGAGUCUGACGAUGACAGUGGGGAAGACCAGGCACGCAGGAUGGCGGAGCGUUUGGAUGCCGAGCGUUUGAUGCGUGCGAAAAGGGCCCCGCCACCGAGGACAAUGGAUGUUUCUGCAAAACGGAGAAAAGCAGGCGGGCGCCGCGUCCUAGGCAGUGAUGACGACGAUAGUGAUGACAGUAUGUGA